AUGAUCAGCAUCCAGGCGGCAGACAUUACAUGUGCCCUAGGUAUGAUUGCGUGCCAGGUCUUCCAGUCAGGGAUCGUUGUCGCCGGCCUGUUGGCAAGAACCAGGUUGCCGUACCCGCCUGGCCCGCGCGGAUGGCCUGUCAUACGCAAUCUACUGGAUAUUCCCCUGGACAAGCCGUGGUUGGUAUACUGCACCUGGGCAGAAACAUACGGCGAUUUGGUACACCUCGACGUAUUCGGUCAUCAUAUCGUCAUUCUCAACACCGCCCAAGCCGCGAAGGACCUUCUCGAUGACCGAUCUUCCAUAUACUCUGACCGCCCAAUCUUGACUAUGGCAGAGCUCUCAGGAUACGGCGACGAGAUGGGGAUGCUUCAUUACAACGACCGGUGGCGGACGCAGCGUAAAAUCGUCGCGCAAUCAUUCAACCCGGGCGUAGUACCGCGUUACUACUCAAUUCAGGAACAGGAGGCCCGCCGGCUCAUUCAUGGCAUGCUUCGAAGCCCCGAUACGCUUAUCAGCCAGACAAAGACGUGA